ACGGCCACUUGGGGCUUAUCCCUUAUAGACGUGAUUCGACUUGCCUCGGGUGAAUCCUGAUUCUAUCGAAGAUAUACACGCGCCUAAUCCCGAGGCCUAUGGCGUCUUCACCGGAUUAUUCGAGUCUCUGAUUGAGGUCCCUGUAUUACGUUUUAGGACUGACGAUGUUCAUUUCGACUUGGAUUGGAAGCGAACCAGAAAAACUAAGUACAGGAAGCUUUAAUCUCGUUAAAGAAUGAACUCAAAGGGACCUAUUACACGCUCAGAACAUUAGACAAACAGAUCCGGCAACAAUUACUGGAUGAUCAUUUCCUGUUCGAGAAAGGUACAAGGAUAUUUUUUAACGAGGAGAAAACUUUCCUUGUCUGACGAAACUUGGAGGAUCACAUGCGUCUGAUAUCGAUGGAACGAGAUGGUAACCUCGCGGCGGUGUACGAGAGACUCGUUAAAGUGGUCCAAGAAAUCGAGAAGAAAUUGGAAUUCCUACGGUGCCGAAGACUCGGCUUCCUUACAUUUUGUUCUACGAAUCUUGGCACAGCCAUACCGGCCUUCGUGCUCGUUCACCUGCCAAAAUUCAGCGGGAUUUUAUCAACGAAGAGAUCGCGGUCUUCAGGCAAAAAUUUUGUCAAAAGGUAUCAUCCGGAUAAGGAUAAUUCUAGAAUAACAAAAGUUGUAUAGAAAGAUACAAA